AUGCAGACCUUAUCAUGGCAAUUCGGCGUCAUCGCAGCGCUUUCCGCUUUCAACGCCAUUUCCAGAGUCACGUCUCAGUGCUCGUCCAUCGAAACGUGCUUUGAAGGUGGAGCAACAUCCACUCCCUGCUCCAUAUCGAGUGGUGGCUGCCCCCCCUGCAUUACGUUCGCGGAUGACGGCUGUUAUGUUAAGGUAAAUAAUGCAUGCCCAUUUGGUGUGGACUGUGCUUCUGCAUGGGAAAGCUCUACUGCCGCAUCCACUGGUAGUGGCACGACCACAACGACAUCAAAUAUUACAGACACAAGUGGUACGCCUGCAUCAAGCGAUACGGACCCGUCGACGUCUACUGCAUCAAACUCUUCCCUUACACCAAGCCCGAAUAGCAACAGUUCAACAGACACGUCGUCGUCUGAUCCCACAUCGUUUGGCUCUUCUAACGGAAGCAAUACCGGAGCUGAUGACUCAGAUAGCGGUGGUUCUGACAUGAGCGUCGUUUUUGCAAUCAUCGGCGCAGCGAUCGGCGUCAUUGCUGUCGCAGUAAUUUUUUUGACGCUUGUGCGUCGCUCCAAAGCUGCACACGAUGAAGAUGAAGACGUGGUUCCAAAUACUCCUGUGACAUUUACUAAGGGACAGGGCCCACAAAGCACGACGGGAGCCGCCAUGUAUGCUAGCUAUAAUAACGGUACCCAGUCGGCUGCACCUAGUUUCACUUCCGAACCCGGUGUUUCUGCGAGCGCCAUGAGCUAUUACAACCAACAGCCACUACACAACACGUCAGCUCCAUCGCCGCGCGUAGCUGGACGCGCUAUUCCAUCGCAGCCUGUAGGGUUGAAUCAGAGCACCAACAAACAUCGUCCUUAUGGAAGUAGCCAAAAUGUUGGUACGCCAGGCGUCGGCAUCACUAAUGAUAUGAUUGCCUCAGGCAUCGGAGGAACGUCGCAGACACACCACACACCCGUACAGCACCAACAUUUGGGUGGGGCGGCGCCUUCACCGCAUACCCGGAGAGAGUCGUUUGAAUUUUGA